AUGACGAAGACAAGGAGAAUGAACACAGAAAAUCACCAAACCGAGGAGGAGGAACACAUAGAAGUUGAAGACGAAACUAAUCUCUCCGAGGCCGAUCCCUCAUGGAAACCUACCCAGCCCACCAAUACUCAAACACAAGGAUCCUAUCACUCUCAUGACUUCCGGACCUCGGCCCUUCAUGCUUCGGCUGCUGCACCUGAAAAGUUCCAGUCGGCCCUUCCUACUGUUGGACGUCCAACCGACGUAGCAACAGUGGGAUCACACCGACACCCGUUUACACCGUCUAUCAUGCAGUUACCUUUGAUGGAUAAUUGGAAGUCUUUGCCGAUUGAUAAAUAUGACGGUACAACUGACCCUGAUGAGCACCUUGAUGUUUUUCUCACGCAGGUGACCUUGAGCACCACGGAUGAUGCGACUUUGUGUCGGAUCUUUCCAACGUCUCUCAAAGGCAGGGCUUUGAGUUGGUUCACUCGGCUACCUCCUAACUCAAUCGACUCAUUCAACACCUUGUCAUCACAGUUUACCAUCCAGUUCGCAACGAGCCGUCCCCACAGUUUGACCUCUCUUUCAUUGGUAAGCCUUCGGCAGGACAAGAAGGAAUCCCUUCGGACCUUCAUGGAUCGUUUUAACAAAACAGCAUUGGAAAUCAGAGACCUCAACCCUACCGUAGCACUCCAUCACCUCACAACGGCACUAAAGCCAGGGCCGUUCGUUAAUAGCAUUUGUAAAAAACCUCCUUCGGACAUGAACGACUUACGAAGGAGAGCCGACAAGUAUAUGCAAAUGGAAGAGUUGGCCGAAUACCGCAGUCAGGCCCGUGCCGAAUCAGGGGGCAAGGCUAAAAAGCAAUCGGAACCACCAUUCAGGGAGAAAGGCAAAGAAAUAACACUGCGAGACCGAUCCACUCGAGGUCUGAAAUACUCUCAUUACACCCCCCUGAACAUUAGAGGUGUGGAAAUAAAUGCUUCGAAUGAAUUCAUUGUGAGCAUUUGA